ACGGAAAACAACCGACGUCGCUGGUUCUGUGUCCUGUGCAAGGAACAGCACAAGCUUCAGGACUGCACGGAGUUCAAGUCGAAGACGGUGGAGGAAAGGCUGUUCGUAGUGAGCAAGGAGCGACUGUAUGGAGGUGCCAUCUUUGGCGCGAAGUCAUCACCGGCAACGGCCAACUACGUGCUGAGAAAGGCGCUCCUGGACUAUGGAGCGGAGGAGACAGACAAGAUUCUCAGCAGAAGUCCCGAGCAACUGGCCAAGUCGUUCUACAUGGAUGAUUGCCUGUUCUCUUGCAUGACGGAAGACGCCGCCAAACAGCUUAGCCGGGAGCUGGACGUGCUGCGCAUGUCGGACCUCCAGUCAGCCGCCGACUCGGCGUUCCACCCGGACCGACUGCGCACUGGCGCCGACCAGGACGGGCAGCUGUCCGCCGACGAGUACGUCCAGAUGGUCCGGGACCUCAUCAAGAUGGACAAAAACGUCUGCCUCUGUCGCAACUUCCACAACUUCAACAAGAAGGAGCUGGCGGCCCGGCUGAAACGGCGGGAGCCGGUGCACAUCGACGCCUGGCCCGUCAACUUCUUCGACACAGAGGCGCCGUGCACCAGCGACGACGUGACGUCACAGUUCCUGCUGCAACUCUCCACUGUCCUCCUCAUGGUCAGUGUAUGUGCGUGCGCGUGCGCGUGUACGGCUCUCCAGUAAAACAGUGGUUGGUUUUGCUUUUUAACCCUCGCCCGUAUAGGGGGGGGGGGUCGAAUGGACCCCCCCAUGGUUUUUCGCAAAUAACUCGCGUAAAAAGCGGCCGAUCGCGACGAAACUUUCAGUACCCUCGCGUUCAUCAAUUUUACACCAACCCUGAAAAUUUCAUGACCCUGACCCGAAUGAUCUUUGACCUGUGACCUACUUUUCGAGACCAUGUUUGGCCGGAAUCGCGAUUCGGCGUAUGUCGGCUCGCAUUAGCCGCGCGUUUGCAGUCUUUUCGUGGUUUCAAGCGUUCAAACAUGUGAUAUGAUGUUGCCCCCAUGCAUAAGGGUGGGUGUCAAGGUCACCUGAAGGUCAGGUCAGGUCAUUGACCUUUGAUGACCUCGGUUCACUUUUUCGAGUUUUACAUGUUACUAGACCAGUUUUUGGAGCUGAAUUCGAAUUUAGCAACCAUACUAGAGGUACAGGUUUACGCGAUAACUGUAUGUUUUGAUUUAUAUUAUGUUACGGGUGCAUUAGUUUGGGUGACUGACUUGUAUUUUUAGCUGUAUUAUUUGGGUGGAUUUGGGUAGCUGUUUUUAAUUGAACUGUAAGGGAUGGUGAAAGUUGCGGGGUGUUCCAGUGUUUUGUAUGUUGGGCCCUUUUUGAACUCAACCCU